AUGGACGUCGACGCAGCUACCUUCCCGCACCACUUGCUGGCCAUCUUCAUCCACAUAUCCGAGGCCGACUUUGUGUCUUUUGAUCUCGAACUGUCCGGCAUUCCAUCGCGCAUCCAAGACAAACCUGCACAUGGCCCGGCGCGCUUCACCAUGGAGGAGCGCUAUGCCGAGACCAAAAUGGGUGCCGACCGCUAUCAGAUCCUACAGAUAGGUAUCACUUGCGCGCGCUUCGACUACCUUGCCAAUACCUAUGUCUUGAGGCCUUACAACAUCAACAUCAGCCCGCUUUUUGACGAGCGCAUCGACUUUGAGCGUGAGAUCAAGUUUCAGAGCGGCGCGUGUACCUUCCUCCUCAACAAUGGUUUCGACCUGGGGGCUCCAUUUGCCACAGGCGUACAGUACUUAUCCCGCGAGGAAGCAGAGCGAGCAAAGCGCAUGGCCUGGGAUCGACUCGAGAACAAGAAUCCCAUACCCGAUCUGCAACUUAACUCGGCAGAUGUCGAGUCGCUCGACUUUAUGCGCAGGGUGAGGCAAGCCAUUGAGAAAUGGAAAUCUAGCACUUCGUCGUCCUUGGACAUUACAACUCAUACAGGGCUUUCCACUCCGCCCGUAAUACCCGUCAUCACGCGAUUCGAGAAGCGUCUCGUGCAUCAGCUCGUGCGCGCAGAGUUCCCAGAGUUGGUGUCCAUAGGACGCGGAGAGUGUAUUCGUAUCCUUCAUCUAGACCCUGUGCGUGAGGCCGACAACAUGCGCAGGAUCAAGAACCGCGUCAAAGAAUCCAUUGUCCGACAAACCGGCUUCCGCUGGAUCUUUGAGGCUUUAGUCAAGGGCGGCGACAUCAAUCGCGCGGAUCCACUCUAUGUCGCACGCACUACUGGCACGAUUGUCGCUGCCGACGCAUAUGAUAUAAGAGAUCGCUACGACAGAGCCAUAGAAAGACUCAAGAUCAAGCAGCCCGUGCUAGUCGGCCACAACAUGUUCACUGACAUUGAUACGUUGCAAGGCUUCCAGGAUGCCAUCCAUGAGCUGUUCCCCAACAUCAUCGACACUAAAUAUCUAGCGACUCAUGCUGAAGGCGACCUCAACGCCUCCCCUACACUACAGGAUAUUGCUGAGAAUUCAAGUCUGCAGCCGUUGCCCCACAUCGUCAUGCAUGCCGACCAUCCGAAGUACCAAGAGACCGAGGCCUUCCACGAAGCAGGCUAUGACAGCCUCCUUACUGCCACCAUCAUGAUCAGGCUCGCCGCCAAGCUUGGUGCGGAGCGAGGAGAACAGGUUCCGGCGCCAUUGCCCAACCGUCCCAGUGACAAAGCGAAAGGAGUGUUGGCGGAAGAUGUUCAGGAUUUUCUAAAAGAUGGACGCGAGAAGGUCGACCUGCCCGUUCCCCUGCCCCCAGUGGAGCAGCCUCAACCCAAGAAAACAAAGAAACAAAGGGCCAAGGCUAGGAAAAAGGAGGCAAGACAACAACGAUUCGAAACUAAGAACCUAUUCGACACGCUCAAAGCUCUGAGCCCUGACGCCGAAUCUUCCUCGACUGAAGAUGACGGAGAGGUUAAGCUUCCUGAAGAUAGUGAACUUGCAAAAUGGGACGAACAGGUUCAAGACGUCGCCGGGUCAUGGGAAAAUGACGUCUACGUCCAAGAUAAGACGGGAUGGGUGCCGUUGGAGCAGGUUAAGCGACAGCCAAUGGAGCUCAUCCCAGCCUUUGAUUCAAAGUUUUGGAACGAGUUUGGCAAUACAUUGCGUGUGUUUGGCACUCAAGAAGCUGUCCUGAAGAUCGCAGAGUGGGAGGUUUGA